AUGUCUACCAAAUCGACGAGCUUGUCGGCAGAAGAACUCCAACAACACCCUGCUUUCAGCACGACCCGAUGGAACUUGAAACCAACGUCCUCGGGCUACGUCAACGUUGCCGAGUCUCGUCCUGGUGGGCCGUUUCCCAUGUGGUACGAAGUUCACGGCAAUGGCCCCAAAAAGAUUGUCUGGAUCAUGGGCCUCGGCGCUAGUCGAAACCUCUGGAAACACCAAAACCGCUAUUUUGGACACCAGCAUGCUCAACAGUACAGUUCUCUAGUCUUCGACAACCGCGGCGUCAGCAAGUCGGCCAAGCCUAACUGUAGAUACACUACUUCGGAAAUGGCCAAAGAUCUGGUUGAGCUGCUUAGACAGAUCGGCUGGCUCGACACCGACUCUCAAUACUAUCCCCGGGAUCUGAAUAUCGCGGGCAUUAGCUUGGGCGGCAUGAUAGCGCAAGAGUUUGCUCUUCUCAUACCUCAGCGAAUCCAGUCGUUGAUCCUCAUAUCUACUGCGCCUCGCCUAAUCCGGACUGGCCAUACGCUGGAGCAUCUGAAACAGCGAGUUUCGAUGUUUUUCCCCUCUGGGGUGGACAUUGAGCUCAACAACAAAGCACGCAGAAUCUUCACGGAAAAGUUCCUUGACUCACCCGACACCGGGUCUCUGGACCCUCAAAACACGUUCCCCACCAACCUCGAUCGAUUUGUAGCUGAGGAACUAGUCGAGCGUAUGGAGGAUACCGACUUUUCGCGCCGAAAAGGUGUCAUUUUGCAAGCUAUUGCCGCUGGAUGGCACUACAAGAGCGACGUAGACCUUGAAAAAAUGAGAGACGGCGUCGGCAGAACACGGAUUAUGGUGAUGCAUGGGACUUUCGACGAAACUAUUACAUUUCCGCACUUCGAGAUGACGAAGUCUGUUUUGGGCGACGGGCCAAUGUAUAUUGCUUGGAAGGAUUGCGGUCACAUUCCUUCAUGGGAAAGGGAAACUGAGUUUAACGAAGCAGUGAGAGACUUUAUUGAUAAGGGAGCCGCUCUUCUAGAUAACUCAUAG